UGACAGGUGAGCUUUUGGAAAAACACGGAGAGGAGCUCCGUCCUACAGCCCAACAUAAGUCGGUUCCUGACGAGCCGAACCUAAUUUGGGUUCAUAAUGUCGCCCCUUGCCGUUUUGGUCCUUUUGGGGACUGGAAUAGCCGUCAGCAGCGAAAAGCACUCUCUCACCUACAUCUACACAGCCUUCUCCAAGCCAGUGAAUCUCCCAGGGUUACAUGAGUUCACUGCUAUGGGUUUACUGGAUAACAGUAUGAUUGACUACUAUGACAGCAAGAACCAAAUGAAAGUCCCCAAACAGAACUGGAUGAAAGAGCAUCUUGAACCAGAGUACUGGGAGAAAGGCACCCAGUCCAGAAAGAGCAAACAGCAAUGGUUCAAGGUCAACAUCGACAUAUUGAUGAAAAGAAUGAGACAGAAUGACACAGACACACAUAUUCUCCAGUGGAUGCACGGCUGCGAGGGUGAAUCUCAGCCUGAUGGCUCACUGAAGUUUGUCCGUGGGAUGGACAUGUACAACUAUGAUGGAAGCGACUUUCUGUCCUUUGACGAUGACAGACAGGUUUGGGUUGCUCCCAUUCAUGCAGCAGAAGAAACCAAGAGGAAGUGGGAUGAGGUCCAAGUGCUGAAGGAAUACACCAAGGGCUACCUGGAGAAGGAGUGCAUGGAAUGGAUGGCCAAGUUUAGAGACUUUGGGAAAGAGCAGCUUUUAAAAGCCAGUCCACCAAAAGUGCAUUUGUACACUCGUAAAGCCAAGUCUGAGACGAACACAAUUUUGACGUGUCUGGCUACGGGUUUCUUACCAAAAGACAUCACUCUGCAGAUCAAAAGAGAUGGACGUGUCCUGACUUUAGAUGAUGGGUUGGUGACCACUGGAGUUCGCCCAAAUAAUGACAACACAUUCCAGAGAAGAGAUCAUGUAGAGAUUUUGAAGUCUGACGUUUCCGUCUACACCUGUGAAGUUAAUCAUCCUGCCUCUAAAGUGCAUGUUGAAGAGAAAUGGGAUCACAUUAUUGUGGAAGACAAUGAACAUAUGCCCAUCAUGAUUGGUGCUGCUGUCACUGUUCUGAUUGUGAUUGUAGCCAUUGGUGGGGCGCUUAUUUUCCUUAAGAUGAGGACAAAAAAACUUGAUUGCCCUGAAGACUCCCCUCAUUCAAGUCUACAGUCUGUAAACUCCUCCAACUCAGAUGAAUCCAUUAACAUGAAGAAAUCUGGAACUGGGUGUCAACCAGUUACUGGUGCAAGAACACCCGAUGAGAAGAAGCCCCUCAUAGAUAGUGACCCCAAAGGCGACCACACCAGCCAAAACAAGGGAGGCAAUGGUGGAGAUGGAGACAACUGCAGCCAAGAAAGUGGGAUUUCAUCCAAAUCAUCAAAUGAAACUGACUCAGAUGAAUCUAUUAACAUGAAGAACUCUGAAGCUGGGUGUGAACCAGUCACUGGUGCAAGCACACCUGAUGAGAAGAAGCCCCUCAUGGAUAGAGAUUCCUCUGCAGACAGUGCUUCUCAUCCAAAAUAAACCAAUUCAUCCCAAGACUCUGGUGCUGAGAAUUUGUUUCCAAGUUCCAACAAUCAGAGCGAUGAAGAAAAGUCACACCAGUCUGACUAAUUAGCUAUUUCAGUCAUUUGGAACCAAAUUAUAACAUGGCAAAAGUAUUGAGAAAUAAGUUAUGCUCCCAAGCAGAUAUAUGAAAUCUAACAUAUAAAAUUAUCUAAAGAAUGAAAAAAUAAGUUUUCUCAUAAAUAUAUUUAAUCCAUAUUGCAUCUGAGAACCUGUAGUAAACACUAGGGACAAAGUAGUCAUAUAGAUGUCAAUACCUAAUUACAAAGAAGAAUUGGAAAGAUGAGUUUCAGGUUUUUGUCUUUUCAGUUGAGGACAUGUUACACUGUGAUGCAUUAAUGUAAAAUAUUUGUUUUUCUUCUGUCAAAGCUGCUAAAAUCCCCCCAACAAAAGAUAUGGAAUUAUUCAAAAAAAGAGUUUGAAAUAAAAAAUAAAAAAAAAGACUGUGAGACUUCAAAAUAAGAAAAAAUACAUUAAUGUGAGUUGUUUUGGAGACCUCUAAUAAAUCAAACUCACAAUUUGAAAGUAUUUUGAGUUUGAUAACCAGAUCAUGUUUGUUACAAGAUUACACAUGCUAUUUGUGGUAAUCUAUGAAUAAGGGGAAUUUAGUUAUUCUCUUUUGGAUCUACUUCAUGGAUGUUUUUGAUUACCUUUUGAACUCUGUUUUGCAUUAUUGCUUUAAAAGUUUUUACUUGUAUUUUGGGACUUGCAGGGCUUUUAAUGGCUAAAUAUUGUGUACUGUAUUUGCACUGGUGGUACAAAGAUUGAUUUUUUUUUCUUUAUCUAAUUGUAGCAUUAUGAGCAAAGACGAAGUAUUUGCAACUUUUCUCGAAUGUUCGAAUCAAGUUAUGUGUGCAACUAGAUGUUUACAUAGAAUCUUUGCAGUCUCUCUUAAAUCAUCAUAUUGUUAUGUUUGCUAUUCAUUGGUCUGUUGAGAUUUUUUUCAAAUGAUUAAGACUUCAAAAAGAAAAUGUACCUUCAUGUAACUGUGUUUUCUAUCUGAAUAAAACAAAGAAUUCUUUAA